GUAAAUUAACCUUCAUAUCUUCUUCCUCCUCAAAGACUCGCAGCUGUUACAAUCCAAGCAAGGAACGAACAUCAUUUUACCAGAGAAGCUCCGUCAAAUGGGAUACGUUCAGGAAGCACGAGAGAAUCACGUGAAGAAGAAAGUAGAAGAAGCUUUGCGGAGUAAAAUGAAGCAAAAGGCGUUAAAAGAAUGUGAUCGUUACACGUCCAAGUAUGCUGAAUGUGCUGCUGGAAAAACACUUUCGAUUGUGUGGCAGUGUCGCAAACAAGCUAAAGAGUUAAACAAUUGCCUUCAUCAAUACACUAAUGACGCUGUCUUGGAAGAAAUGAAAAGAGAAUAUAUGCUUCAGCAGGAUGGAAAGGAGGCUGCAAGAAUCUGAGCUAGGUGACAUCAUCCAGUGUAUGGAAUUCCCACAAUAGAGCUUGUGUUGUAUGAUUCAAUUCUCUUCAUCGGUAUGCUAAUAAUAUAUUUCUGGGGUUCCUGUCAUUUACCAUGAAACUGGUUCUCUCCACUGAUAUACAAGCUACACUUCUGUAUUAAAUUUUAUUUUUUUUUGGCAUUUGUGGAGCAUGUUGGAGGUUGUUGGUGGUAAAAAUGAUCUUGUUUUCAAUGGCACUUGUGAAACUUAUUUUCUUUUUUUUUUUUGGGGACAAAACCUUGAUGUUAAUGCACAAUUUGUUUAGACUCUAUGCUU